GCUUUCACCUGAGAGAGGAGACAGAGGGGUGAACCGGUGUGAUGGCACACCAGACCUGAAGACUUGUACAUCUACUCGACAGAAGCAGAGUAUCCUCCAGACAGACUGACAGGAAGACUGACUCCACAGCAACACAACCACCCCCAGCUCUACCAUGACGACCCCCCCCAGCUCGUUCCAGCAGGAGCCCAUGACUCCCCCCAGACCUCCCCACUCCUCCUCCCUGAAGCCCAACCAGGUGGGUCAAGUGGUUCUGUAUGGUGUACCCAUCGUCUCCUUAGUGAUAGACCAUCAGGAGCGGCUGUGCCUGGCCCAGAUCUCCAACACUUUACUGAAGAACUACAGCUAUAACGAGAUCCACAACCGCCGCGUGGCGCUGGGCAUCACCUGUGUUCAGUGUACCCCCGUCCAGCUGGAGAUCCUGAGGCGUGCUGGCGCCAUGCCCAUCUCCUCCCGCCGCUGCGGCAUGAUCACCAAGCGAGAGGCGGAGCGGCUGUGUAAGUCCUUCCUGGGGGAGAACAACCCCCCCAAACUGCCCGACAACUUUGCGUUCGACGUGUCACACGAGUGUGCCUGGGGUAGUCGUGGUAACUUCAUCCCAGCGCGCUACAACAGCAGCAGAGCCAAGUGCAUCAAGUGUUCCUACUGCAACAUGUACUUCUCUCCUAACAAGUUCAUCUUCCACUCUCACCGUACUCCUGAAGCCAAGUACACCCAGCCGGACGCUGCUAACUUCAACUCCUGGAGACGCCACCUGAAGCUGUCAGAUAAAACCCCUGCUGAUGACCUGGCGUUCGCCUGGGAGGACGUGAAGGCCAUGUUUAAUGGUGGCAGCAGAAAACGGUGUCUGCCUUCAUCUCACUGCUCCCCCAUGGGGCCGGGGAAGGUUGUGAACUCUGGUCUGCCACACAUGAUGACCCCUGACCUGGUCCAGAAGAGGAGCCGCUUCGAGGAGGAGGAGGAGGACCUGGAUGGAAGCAGCCUGUCUCCCCAUAAGAACCCACGCAGCUACCCAGUGAUCCCUGUGCCCAGUAAAGGGUUUGGCAUGCUGCAGAAUUUCCCCCCCACCUCCAUGUUCCCCAGCCCCUACUCCUUCCCAGCCUUCAGCCUCUGUCAGCAGAAGAAAGAUGACAGUGAGGUGGCUGGAGGACAGAAGAACGCUGGUCUGUCAGGUCUGCUAUGGCCCGGUCGUAAAGACACCUUCUAUCCUCCGUUCUGCAUGUUCUGGCCCCCUAGGGCCGCUGGGGGCCUCCCGGUGCCCACCUACUUGCAGCCACAGCCCUCCGUCAACACUCUGUCCUCAUUGGCUGAGAGCCCCUCCCUCAGGCAGGCCUUCCUCAACAUAUCAGAGCCCCCACACCCAGGGGCGGGGCUAGGAAUGGGGGCCACACCCAGGUCAGGUCUGUUUGACCUUGACUCCUCCCCCCUGACCUCUGACCUGCGCCCUGUGACCUCAGAGGGCUGGCUGAAGGUAAUGGACACCCCGUCUCUCCAAGCCAGGAAAGCCUACUACCACUCAGCCUUCCGACCUGUCGUCAAGGAUGCAGAGAGCAUUGCCAAGCUCCAUGGCAACCUGGAGGAGUUUGGGUCGGAGCUCAACCUGUCCCCUGCCACCAGCUGCAGCUAUGCCUCUGAGAGCGGAGGUGAGGGGGAGGGAGAGGGAGGAGAGAGUGAGGAGGAAGGAGAGGUGGAUGUAGAGACCAAGCAGGAUGAAGAGGAGGAGGAACGCUUCAACAGACCAACCCCACCACAGACACACAGCAGCCUGCACCUCCGAGGAGAGAAAGAGGCUGUCACCUUCCCCUGCAGCCCUGCAGAUCAUAGCCAGGACCAGAGCAGCACUAGCCUGCCUGCCUCUCCCCCUGCUCCCCCGGCCAGCCUCACACUCCCUCUCCCCAGCCCCACACACACCCCACUGCCACUGGAGGACCACGGCUACAAACAUGCAAAAACUCAUAAAAACAGAGACCAUGGACUGCCUGUUUAUGCAACCAAAGAAAACUCCAAAGCAGCUGAUGAAAACAAAGAAAGCAGAUUCUUUGUAUCAGAGACUAAGUCAUCUGACUCUGAGUACUGGAGAGAGAUGGCAGGUGAUGAAACUCAAGAUGGAAGUUCCCCCGUGCCACUAAAGGAGGAUGUUGAGAACAUGGAGAAAGAAGAACUCCAGAAGGUUCUAUUGGAACAGAUCGAUCUACGAAGAAGACUAGAACAGGAGUUCCACACUCUGAAGGGAACCUCCCCCUUCCCUGUGUUCCCCCUCCCACCCCAGCUCUGCCUCUGCCCCCAGCUCCUGGCCUCGCCCCUGUUCUGGCCCUCACCCCCCCACUCUGGCCUCACCCCCGGCUCCUGCCUCACUUUGGCUCUGGCCCUCACCCCCAGCUCUGGCCCUCACCCUGCUCUAGCCUCACCCUGGCCUCACCCCCUGUCUAACCUCACCCCCAGCUCCUGGCCUCACCCCCAGCUCCUGCCCUCACCCCCAGCUCCUGGCCCUCCACCCCCAGCUCCUAGCCUCCCCCAGCUCGGCCCUCACUGCCUAGCUCCUGGCCUCACUCCUCCCCUCACCCCCUGUCUGCCCUCACCCCCAACUCUGCCCUCACCCCCACUCUACCUCACCCCCAACUCCUACUCAACCUCACCUAACCCCUCUAACCCCCUCACCCCCAACUCCCAACCCCUCACCCCCAGCUCUGGCCCCUCACCCCCAGCUCAGCCUCACCCUGGCUCCUGGCCCUCACUGGCUCUGGCCUCACUGGCCCCAGCUCUACCUCCUCCCCCAGCUCCUGGCCUCGCCCCCACUCUACCUCUGCCCUCCACUCUGGCCUCACCCCCAGCUCUGCCUCCCUCGGCCCUCACCCUGGCCCUCACCCUGGCCUCCACCCUGGCCCUCACCCUGGCUCUGCCUCACCCUUAA